AAAAAAAAAAACAAUAAACGAAAACAAAAAAAGCUAAAAUGUCGGCCACUGGAAGUUCAUUUACGUUUAAAAAACGAGUAAUAAAAAAACAACAAACUCGUAAAAAGCAAGAAUCUUCAACUGAAUCAGGUAGUAACAGUGAUGAAGAAAAAUCAGCUGUAGUUCGCACGGAAAACCGUCGCAAAAGAACAAAUCCUAAUUUCCAGAGCACCAAAUUACUCGGAACGAAACGUGAAAAACUAGCAGCUCACUCAUCUACAGAUGAAGACGAAGAAGAAAGCAAUGUUGGCGUCAGUUACAAGUCCAACAAAAGUGCAUUGCCAAUCGGUCCGUCCGAUCAAGGUGCCACUGCUAUUAAUGAAUUCGAAACUGAAUUGGAUCGCGAUGCUCAAGCAAUUCAUGCCAAAGCAAUUCAGAUAAAUGCUGAAUUAGAGGGCAAGGAAGAUGACAAGAUUUAUCGUGGUAUCAAUAACUACGCACAAUAUUACAAGAAAAAGGACACAGCCAUGGGCAAUGCCAGCUCUGGAAUGGUUCGCAAGGGACCGAUGAGAGCGCCAGCUCAUUUGCGAGCGACAGUUCGAUGGGAUUAUCAGCCAGAUGUAUGCAAGGAUUACAAAGAGACAGGGUUUUGUGGGUUUGGUGAUAGUUGUAAGUUUUUGCAUGAUCGAAGUGAUUACAAAGCUGGUUGGCAAUUGGAAUUGGAUCAUGCGACAGAACAGCGUGGGGAAUGUGAGUCUGAUGGAGAUGACACAAAGUACGAAAUCCAUUCCGAUGACGAGGCACUGCCAUUUAAGUGUAUUAUUUGUAGGGAUAGUUUCACUAAUCCCGUGAUGACUAAAUGUAAGCACUAUUUUUGUGAGAAAUGUGCUUUGGAGAAUUUCAAGAAGUCAUCUCGUUGCUACGUGUGUUCCCUUCAAACAAAUGGAAUUUUCAAUCCUGCAAAGGAAUUAAUUACGCGAUUAAAGAAUCGUCCUGACAAUGAUGUUGCUGAUUCAGAUAGUAACUGAUAUCUACUUUCUUAAAUGUUUGUAAUAAAUUACCUAGAACAAAUUUUA